AUGUUUGAUCGGGUCCUCUUCAAAGUUGAACUACCAUAUGAAUUGCCAUUUAGUUCACCAAACUUCAUUCUACCAAACUUUAAAAUCGUGCUUCUCUCUCCACACAAUUGGUUGCACGAUUAUCCAGUUGCUUCGUCAUCUUCUUCGAUUUUGUCUCCGUCUAUAUUUCUCUCUGUCUAUGUACACUCCCCCAAACCACCGACGACGUCACCACCAGUACAUAACAGCACCACUGACGCCUCAUCACAACCACACCCAGGGAAUGAUGUAUGUGUGUGGCCACACCAACCACACCGGUCAAUAUACGAUUGUGUCAGCAAAGUAGAUGGGAGGAGCAGUAGCUUGGAGAUCAUAGACGGUUCCACCCAAAUGGAUGCAGUGAAUGCAAUGUCACAGACUCACAUGAAGAUACAUGAAGUUCCAGGUGUUGAUCAGGAGAAGUUCUUUUCUGGAGCCUGCAUAUUAAGACGGUGAGUGAUGUUAAUGCGGGCUUGAGUGAGUAAUAUUACAAAAAUUCAACAAAAUGGUAAUUGUAGUGACAUGUAGUCAUAUGAUGGUAUGGAAUGUGCUCUAAAAUAAGGAAUCACAAGAUCUGACUUCUAAAGUAGAGUAAUUUUCAGUUAUUCUUAACAAAGGGGAGGGAUGACAUUCAUGCAUCGAUUUCUAAUCUCCAAAUGAACCUGCCGAAACAUAAAUAUCACUCACUAUUAGGAUUUAAGCCUCAUUUUGUUAUGUUUUAGUUUGUACUCUUUUAUUAAAUUUAUUGUAUCAUAACAUACUUUUUUAUUAACUUAUGGCGUGCACUUAUGAAUUAAUGAAAAUAUACAUGAGAA